AUGGCAUCAGUUCUUAAACUGUCAGAAAUCCCUACAUUAACACGACUGUAUCGGUCUGGAGUUCUUCGAUCGUCGCGUCAACCAGUUGUCACCACACCUUCGAAGGUGAUUAAUGACAUUAUAUCACAUAUAAAACAUGACAUUACCGAAUUAGAAGUCGGAUGUAUCGUCAAUGCUGCGAACCGAAGCCUCUUAGGAGGUGGAGGCGUCGAUGGCGCGAUUCAUAGCGCCGCAGGACCACAGCUUUACGAGGAGUGUCUUACUCUCGAUGGCUGCGAAACAGGGCAUGCGAAAAUCACGAAUGGAUAUGAAUUGCCUGCGGAAAAAAUUAUUCAUGCUGUCGGACCAAUUUAUGUUAGGGCCAAACACGACGAGGCCGAGCAGCAGCUUCGUGGCUGCUACCGUCGAAGCCUUGAGCUAGCCGUUCAGCAUGGGCAACGCUCCAUUGCCUUUUCAGCUAUCAGUACCGGGGUCUAUGGAUAUCCGAAUACUGAGGCGGCUACAGCCGCAAUUGAUGAAGUCCGAAAGUUUCUGAAUAGCGGGGAUAACCUUUCGAAAUUUGAUAGGGUGAUCUUUUGCAGUUUCAUGACUGUUGACCUGCUAGCAUAUGAACGCAUUCUUCCGGCAUACUUCCCACCUGUCACCGAAGAGCUCGACGCUACCGAAGAAAAUCAAGGCAACCAGACCCAAGACGAUACCGUGAUUGUUGACAAAAGUGAAAGCGAAGUUGAUCUUGGCUUUGAUACAGGGGACGAGCAUGAUUGGGAGGAGAUUUCCGAGGCUGAUAAUGGUCAUGAGGAUUUCCAGGAAGAACUAGUACAGAUUGGACAAGCUGAUCAGGAGGCUUCGGUGGCGGAUGUGCGGAGCAUGCAGUCAAGUACUGCUGAUUUCGAUGAUUUGACGGGACCAGCAGAGGCCAAUGGUCAAAAGUGA